CUGGCUCACCUCACCUGCAGCAGGCCUCGUCUCGGUCAUCCAGCGCAUUGCUCUCAAUCGCUGCAGCGCAUCCAGUCCAAACACACACCGGUCGAAUCGAGCAAUGGCCGCGGGGCUGCAGGUGUUCGGACAGCCGGCUUCCACCGACGUCGCCAGGGUGCUGACCUGCCUCUUCGAGAAGAACCUCGAGUUCGAGCUCGUCCGCACCGACACCUUCAAGAAGUCGCACAAGCUCCCCGAGUUCAUCAAGCUGAGGGAUCCUACCGGGCAGGUGACUUUCAAGCACGGUGACAAGACAAUCGUUGAUUCCAGGACUAUCUGCCGGUACCUGUGCACGCAGUUCCCGGACGACGGGUACAAGAAGCUGUACGGCACGGGGUCGCUGGAGCGGGCGUCCAUAGAGCAGUGGCUGCAGGCGGAGGCGCAGAGCUUCGACGCGCCGAGCUCGGAGCUGGCGUUCCAGCUGGCGUUCGCGCCGCACCUCAAGGACGUGCGGCCCGACGAGGCCCGCGUCGCGGAGAACGAGAAGAAGCUGCACAGCAUGCUGGGCGUCUACGACGACAUCCUCUCCAAGAACGAGUACCUCGCCGGCGACGACUUCACACUGGCCGACCUCUCCCACCUGCCAAACUCCCACUACAUCGUCAACUCCUCCGACAGGGGCAGGAAGCUCUUCACCGCCAGGAAGCACGUGGCCAGGUGGUACGACAAGAUCUCCACCCGCGACUCCUGGAGGCAGGUCAUGAAGAUGCAGAGGGAGCACCCCGGCGCGUUCGAGUGAUGCGUCGUGCUUCCUUCUCUCUGCAUGCAUGCGCGCGUCGCGGCGUGUUCCUCGUCGUCGCCGGCUUCGUGGUCGUCAGGCUUCACACCGUGGUGUGUGGUUGUCGAGUUCGUCGUAUUUCGUAUCGUAUCGUAUCGUAUCGUACGUACGUCCUGUGGGCUAAAAUAACGUGGAGCCUGCGCCUGCCUACGGUGUCUCUCGUGUCUUCCUUUCGCUGCAUAUAUAAGCAGUGUCUUUUUCUGGGUAUUGUAUGGUGACCUAAUCAUCAACUCCUUUUGCAAUAUUGGCCAAUUCAAUAAAAAUAUGUCCGGGCAUUUUGCUCGUUCGCACUA